AUGAUGGCCAUGAACGCCAAGCAGCCUUUCGGCAUGCACCCGGUGCUCCAGGAACCCAAAUUCUCCAGCCUGCACUCCGGCUCCGAGGCCAUGCGCCGCGUCUGCCUCCCGGCCCCGCAGCUGCAGGGCAAUAUAUUUGGAAGCUUUGACGAGAGCCUGCUGGCGCGCGCCGAGGCUCUGGCGGCGGUGGACAUCGUCUCCCACGGCAAGAGCCACCCGUUCAAGCCCGACGCCACCUACCAUACCAUGAGCAGCGUGCCCUGCACGUCCACGUCGUCCACUGUGCCCAUCUCGCACCCGGCCGCCGCCGCGCUCACCUCGCACCCGCACCACGCGGUGCACCAGGGCCUGGAGGGCGACCUGCUGGAGCACAUUUCGCCCACGCUGAGUGUCGGCGGCCUGGGCGCCCCCGAGCACUCGGUGAUGCCGGCGCAGAUCCACCCGCACCACCUGGGCGCCAUGGGCCACCUGCACCAGGCCAUGGGCAUGGGCCACCCGCACGCCGCCGCCGUGGCGCCGCACAGCGCCAUGCCCGCCUGCCUCAGCGACGUGGAGUCGGACCCGCGGGAGCUGGAGGCCUUCGCCGAGCGCUUCAAGCAGCGGCGCAUCAAGCUGGGGGUGACCCAGGCGGACGUGGGCGCGGCGCUCGCCAACCUCAAGAUCCCUGGCGUCGGCUCGCUCAGCCAGAGCACCAUCUGCAGGUUCGAGUCCCUCACGCUCUCGCACAACAACAUGAUCGCACUCAAGCCGGUGCUCCAGGCGUGGCUGGAGGAAGCCGAGGCCGCCUACCGGGAGAAGAACAGCAAGCCCGAGCUCUUCAACGGCAGCGAGCGGAAGCGCAAGCGCACGUCCAUCGCGGCUCCGGAGAAGCGCUCGCUCGAGGCCUAUUUCGCCAUCCAGCCGCGGCCCUCCUCCGAGAAGAUCGCGGCCAUCGCCGAGAAACUGGACCUUAAAAAGAACGUGGUGAGGGUCUGGUUCUGCAACCAGAGACAGAAACAGAAACGAAUGAAGUACUCGGCGGUCCACUGA